CUUCUCUCAUCUGAACCUCUACACAUCACAGAUUAAACAUGUGGUGUAUCUAGAGGAUUUUACUUUGGACACAACAUACGAAUGGGUUUCUGUGAAGACGCGCUCGACGUAUCUGAUGAAAGAUGUAAGCCACCAACAUGACGGUGCCUGAUCGGUGACCCUGAAGAUAAACUCACCCGUUUAAGGUCUAACCACUGUCCUUCACUCAUCUCACCUGCUUCAUUUUCACCCCAUCUCCAUCACAAGAAGCACUACCAACAUGAUAAACCAGACUAUUUUCAAACAUUACAAUCAGAUGGGAAAGACAAGCAAUCGUACCACCACCAUAGAUGCCCUGAAGGAUCCCAAAACAGCUGUGAUUUUGGGAGUAUGCAGCCUCAUUGUUUUGGAGAACCUGAUCGUUUUGUUGGCAAUUUGGAAGAAUCAUAAAUUUCACAACCGGAUGUAUUUUUUCAUCGCUAACCUGGCUUUAUGCGACCUGUUGGCCGGCGUGAGCUACAUGGUCAACCUGAUGAUGUCAGGAGAGUUUACGUUUCAUUUGUCCACAACUGCGUGGUUUGUGCGUGAAGGGAGCACGUUUGUAGCCCUGAGCGCUUCCAUCUUCAGCCUCUUGGCGAUCGCUAUUGAGCGCCACCUCACCAUGAUUAAAAUGAGGCCUUAUGAUUCAAACAAAAAAUACAGGGUGUUUCUCUUAAUAGGGACUUGUUGGUUGAUAGCUGUCACACUGGGAGCUCUGCCCAUUUUGGGCUGGAACUGUCUGGAUAAACUUCAAGAGUGCUCGACCAUCUUUCCCCUCUACAGCAAAUAUUACGUGGCCUUCUGCAUCACCAUUUUCCUUUCACUGCUGCUGGCCAUCUCUGUGCUGUACACCAGGAUUUAUAUCCUCGUCAAAACCACCAGCAGCAAAGUCACCAAGCACUGCGACUCGGAGCACUCCAUGGCUCUCCUUCGAACUGUGAUCAUCGUGGUGGGCGUCUUCAUCGCUUGCUGGACGCCCGUCUUCGUGCUCUUCCUUAUCGACGUAGCAUGCCAAGGGGGAGCCAAGAGCUGUCCCGUCCUGCUGAAAGAUGAUUGGUUCAUAGCCCUGGCGGUGUCGAAUUCCGGCAUGAACCCGGUGAUAUACACGUUAGCAAGCAGGGAAAUGCGCCGUGCCUUUUACAGGCUGGUUUGUGGCUGUGUGGUGAAGGAGGACGGGUUGGGAAGCAAAUAGAACACAGACCCUGGCAGAAGCAAGACGAGUUCGAACAGUCAGCAAGCGGCUGAAACCAUCAAUGCACAAAACCAACCGGCUGACU